AUGAGAAAAGAAAUGCUGACGCAGAUUCACCGAUCUCAUAUUGGCAUAGAAGGAUGUCUUCGGAGAGCCCGUGAGGUAUUAUAUUGGCCACUCAUGAACGCAGAGGUUAAAGAUUUGAUUUCUAAAUGCCCAACAUGCCAGGCGUAUCAACCGGCACAAUGUCGUGAAGAAUUAAAACCAUACCCAAUACCAUUCCGUCCCUGGGAAACGGUCAGUAUGGACCUUUUUGAGCUUGGAAAACAACACUUUAUUCUGCUCGUAGACCACUGGAGUGGAUUCUUCGAGGUCCAAGAACUUACGAGAACUACCGCUGAUAAAGUCAUAGUAGCCUGCAAAGUCCAGUUUGCACGACAUGGAAUCCCAGAUACAGCGAUAACAGACAACGGACCUCAGUUUUCUGCCACAGAAUUUUCAGCAUUUGCAAGAGAUUGGCAGUUUAAGCAUCUAACUUCAAGCCCUCGUUACCCACAAUCUAAUGGCAGAGCAGAGAAUGCGGUCAAGACUUGCAAAAUGCUGAUGACAAAAGCCAAAGCUGCUGGCCAAGACCCAUUGUUAGCAUUUUUAGACUGGAGAAACACCCCCACAGAAGGUAUGGGAUCAUCACCUGCCCAAAGGUUGAUGGGGCGACGUACGCGAACACUGUUACCGACUCACAAAAAUCUCCUUAAACAACCAAUCAACGAAGGCACUAGAGAUAAACUGGCUGCUCGGAAAUCACGACAAAUUUGCCAUUAUAACAAGACGCACCAUUCUCUUAAGCCAUUAAAAAAAGGUCAAGCUAUACGAAUGAAAUUACCAAAUGCAACAAAAUGGACCCUUGGAACGUGUACCAGGGUUUUGGAUAACAGAUCGUACGAAGUAGAGGUGAGUGGAAGGAAAUACCGACGAAACCGCCGACAACUCCAAGCAUUGCAAGAAAGACCUCCAACACCACCAGCUGGUAUGGAUCCUGAGAUUGGACCUGAGCAAAGCAGUAGGGAACCCGAGAACAGUUCGAUUGUGAAUGAACCCAAUCUCGAACACGUACCACUAUUAGACGGUGAAACCUCCUCUGAGACCAUUGGAAAUCUACCACGCCGAUCUGCGCGUACAAAAUAUACACCGGUGUGGCACAAGGACUAUGUCAUGAAGUGAACGCUCUCAGCGUUAAACAACUCAAACGUUAAGUACAAGUACUUUAUGCAUAUAUACAAUUCUAUAUUAUACAGUAGUUUCAUAUUUUGUUAAAGGGGAAAAGAUGUCACGAUGUUAUUAGGUGACGUCACGAUGACGAAAACAUUAAUUUGAUUGACAGGCGCGGCGAGCGAGGCGUACGAAAAAGUAACACAAGCUAGGCGUUUUAUGUAUUGUAAACAAAUGACUAUUUCUCUCGAUUUCUUGUUAAUCAGAAACUAUAUCGUAAUAAACUAACACGUUACAGCAUCUUGGCCAAUGAUAAAGAGAUGUAUUCAUUUUAUGAUUGUAUUCAUUUUAUGAUUGUAUUCAUUUUAUGAUAAUCUGAAAGUCGCAUAUUUGGUAUAUUAUGUGUCAUAGAUGUAAACAUUAAGAGAUUAUGUCCCCAUUUUGGAGGUCUGACUCCCCCCUCCCUCCAUUCCCCACGCAGCUGCGCCUGUGAAUAAGUUAGCUGAGUAACUCAUCGGACAGCAGGGUCUGAAAUAUUUUUUUGUUUAGUUGAUCCAUGUGGGAGUUCCCCAUGUGAAAAUGGUGGAGUAUGCAAGCCAAAGGGUCGUGACUAUGUCUGUGAUUGCAGGAAAGCUACGAAUGAUAUGUCUGUGACUGGAUUUCAAGGUCCAAACUGCGCCAAUAAAGGUGAAAAAAAAUUCUUCUGCUUUAAAUUUCUUGUAGGACUGAACGAUGAUGGAAAGAUUAUGCCAAAAUCGGAAACUCCCGAUUAUUCAUACACACACAGUCUACCCAAUAGCAAUUCUAUAAUCACGUCAUAAUAUUAACCGAGCGAUUUGUCAAUGUUAAAUGAUAAUUUCCAACGUAACGUAUUACUGCAACCAUGAAAUGGCUGUUCAUAAAGUUAAUAAAUGGCAUGUGCUACACGCAUUAAUUUCGUCGCGUAAAAAUCAACAAUCGGUUUUACACAAUCAGAAAUAAAGAUAAUAUUCGAUCCAAAUUCUGAUAGCGAUAAUCGAUAAAUCACUAAGAUAGGAUGAUGAUGAUACAGAUUAUAACUAGUACUGCUGUGGUUCUGACCACGAAUGCAAAUUAACAAAUCAAAUGUUUAUCGACCUUCUUGCAAUUUCUCUGUCGUAGCCAUGAAAGCUUUAUUAAUUAAAACAUUGAAACAUUUAUUAAAAUUGCCUUUUCCAAAAAGAGAUCACAGUGCAUUCUGGGAUCGUUCGAAGGGAUAAAUUUAUGGUAAUAGGCGCCAAAUAAAAGUAUCUACUAUAAAAUAUCAACUUUUUAGACGCCAAAAAAUAAAAUAUCUCCUCAGUUUUAACAUUAAACAUUUAAUUUAAAUGUGUGCUGCCAUAUUUCUUGUCUUUCCAACAUGGGAUUGGCGCGACUAGGCCCAGAACGUUGGUAGACUAAUUUAUUUACUUUUGUACACGUAGAUGAAUUUUGAAACAAAUAACUAUCUUUUUCCAACAAUUUGCAUGUUCAGAUACUUCAUAUCAUUUAAAAUAUCGACACAAUUUUGCAGGAUUUUGGACGACAACUUCCAAACUAACUCCUCCAAAUCACAUUGUUGGUGACCUUUAUGGCAAUCUCGGAGCACGUUUUGUUGACCUUAAUGGCGACGGACGCAUGGAUUUUGUGUACAACUGUUGGAUUAAAACGAAGAAUGAAAAAGGAGCUUACCUAAACCUUCCUGGAAAAGGGUUUUGUUCUGCGCCUCAGUUCACUCCACCCUAUCACAUUGCUGCUGCUAAUCACGGUGACCUUGGUGCCAGAUUCGUUGACUUGAAUGGCGAUGGCAAGGCUGAUAUGGUAUAUCAUAGAAUUUACAAACAGACAACUCAGAAAGGUGCGUAUCUCAACACUGGGAAUGGGUGGCGUUGGGCCCCACAGUAUACUCCACCAUUCCAUAUCGCUACUUUCGAUGGUAAGGAAGAUUUAGGUGCACGGUUUGUGGAACUUAACGGUGACGGUAAAAUUGACUUUGUAUAUCAUCGGUGGCUGAGCGGAAAGAAGCAACAAAAGGGAGCUUAUCUUAAUACUGGUAAUGGUUGGGCCAGUGCACCAGACUUCAUCCCACCAUUUCAUAUCGCCGCUCCUGGCCAUGGUGAUCUGGGAGCAAGAUUUACAGAUCUCAACGGUGAUGGGAAGGCAGACUUGAUAUACAAUCGAUGGAUAAAUCUCUUCUCUCAACAGAAAGGGGCGUAUCUCAAUAACGGCAAGAAGUGGGUCUGGGCGCGACAAUAUAUACCUCCACAUCAAACUGCCGUUGACGGUAUAGCUGACACUGGAUUGAGACUGGUUGAUUUUAAUGGUGAUGGGAAAAUUGAUAUUGUCUAUUAUCGCUGGUUGAAUGCUUUAGUGCAACAAAAGGUAGGCUUACCUUUAAGUAUUCAAUCAGUGCGUUCUGCUUAACGCCACGCUUGCACUGGCCCGGACAGCUUUCCAUAACGAAAAUCGCUUUCUGUACCUUUUUAGGAAAGCUAUUUUCAAAGAAAUUAUUGCAACGGAAACAUGUUGUUUUGCUCAACUUCUAAAAGUUGUACAUUUCCUAUCGGAUAAGCGCUUUUCUUCACUGCUACUGAACGCUAUCCGGUAUAGUGGAAACAUAGUCUAAAUUAUUGCAAAGCAUAAUUAGUUUGACUAAACUACUAAAGCAGUUGUUUCUUUAUUAGUAAAUGUUGUCCUGUUUCGUUAUUUUAUAUUUUAUGUAUUGCCAGGCUAAUAAACAAUGUUUCACCAGAGCCAAAUUAUAGCCCUUUGAAAUGUGCAAAGCACCAAAACAAUGCGCAUACUGAUCCAAUAUUUAAAGAAUUACGGUGUCUGAAAUUUGAUGAUAUUUAUUUAUUUCAAUUAGGUAUGUUUAUGUUUAAGUAUUCGAAUAAAUUACUACCUCAAACUCUUGAUGACAUAUUUGUGCGAGGGCUGGAGAAUUUUAUGUACCUACAUGUAGAACCAGAUUGCGCCAAUUUUCUAUUAACUAUCAAGGCCCAUUAUUUUACAAUGCUCUUAGUUCAGAGAUUCGUGGAGCAUCAACUCUCCUUUGUUUAAAAAAAAUUAAAGUUGUACUUAUUUGCACGUAUACAUACUAUUUGACGUCAUAUAUAGGCAGCAUAUAUCUGUCUCUGUAUAUUCAGUUUUUUCAAUUAGUUUUCUUUAUCUUUGCUUUACUAUAAUAGGAAGUAUACCACCCUCACCGCGCAAUAACUGCUUAUUAUUUAAAUCAAGUCAAUAUUUGAGAGGAGCCCAAAGCAUUAAUAAGCCGUUUGGUUUCUAUUUGUGCUUCUCGUCACUUGUCUAUUGUAUGUAGAUAUAUAUGUAUGUAUGUAUGUAUGGUUUCUUGUGACAAAAUCAUUAAAUUUUAUAUUCAAUUUGCAAAACUGUGGUAUUUUUAAGACUUUAUUUUCACGACAACAGACAAAUUUGAUAAAUUAGUUUACAUCGUUUAUUUCCCAUGCAAUUAUUCACAAUUUUGUAUAACGUUAUUUAUUUCGUUUGUUGUAAUAAAGGGUGCAUAUCUCAACAAUGGUAAUGGCUGGACAAAUAUGCCUUCAUACACCCCACCUUUCCAUAUUGCCGCUGACAAGUACGGUGAUCUGGGGGCGCGGUUUGCUGACGUCAACGGCGAUGGUUUGAUAGACUUUGUCUACCACAGAUGGAUAAGCAGCAAGAGACAACAAAAGGGUGCUUACAUCAAUUCAGGUUGUGGAUGGAGGUCAGAGCCACGGUAUAUACCACUGUUUCACAUUGCGGCUGACGGGUUUAAGGACCUGGGUGCAAGAUUUGUGGAACUGAAUGGAGAUGGGGCAACUGAUUUUGCUUACAAUCGUUUGGUGUUCAAUAAGUCAACACAGAAAGGAGCGUAUCUUGGUAAGUUAAAAUGGUUCAAGUGUAACUAUAUAAACUUUCUCCAAAUCAGUUCUUUGUUGGUUUGCAUGGCCAUAAAACAUAUAAUACUAUUGUUUGUGGAAACACCACGUAAAUUUAUUACUGCAAAUUUAAUAAUAUGACUUGUUCAAUUCACACGCCCUUUUGUAUACCAAAGUGUCGUGAUCUGUUGGCUCGCGUCAUUUGUAAUUUAAUUAAACGGUACAUCAACCACGUCAUUUCAAACGUAGUGAAGUGAUUCUAAUUAACGCGCGCGAAUCCAAAACAAGAAAAACUAAUUUUGCACAUUAAAGGGAGCACGCGUCACUAGUAUCUAGUAGCUUUCCCUCCUGAUCCAAAAUAUUGUGCUUCUCGAUUUCAAAUUGACUCUUUUAUAUUGCGAGAGAACCUAUGUAUUGUAUUUGUAUUUGUAUUAAAACUUUAUUUUAAGACACUAGCCCCGUCAACGGUGCGUUGGUUUCCACGGGGGGCGUCUACAAUGUUAAAAAUUACAAAAGAUAUAAGGGAAAAGAAGACUAUUUACAAAUUGGUGUGACCCCAGAUGUUAUGGUUAGACGGAGUUACAAUUUAUUUCAAAUAUAUAUAGUAUUAGAGUUAAGUUUUAAAUGGCUUUUGAACAGGUGCAUUGAUUCUGCCAGUUUCGUAUCGAUAGAGAGACUAUUCCAUAGCUUAGCCCCACUGUAUUUAAAACUCUUUUUUAGGAAUUCUCUUUUAGGCUUAGGAAGAGCCAAAUCUGUAUGACUAUUUCUAAGAUCAUAAUUUGUUUGCAUAUGAUUGCGUCUUAUCAAGGAUUCUUUCAACGUAGGUCCUACGUAAUCCUUCAAGACUUUAAACAUUAAUAUUGCUUUGGUUGUACGUCGUCUUGUCUCUAAAUUGUCCCAAGCAAGAGAUUGAAGAACAUCAGCAGAUCUAAUCUCAUAACUUGCACCGACAAUGAUUCGGGCUGCGCGAUUUUGAAAUUUUUGGAGUUUAUUUUUCAAAUUUUGAUCACAGACGCCCCAAAUGGGAGAACAAUAAUCAAAAUACGGCUGAAUCAGAGCUCGAUAAAUUGUUUGAAGGGUGGUUAUUGGAACAAAGGGUUUAAUACGUCUCAAAGUACCCAGGCUUGCUCCAACCUUUUUGCAAAUCGCCUGAAUAUGUGAAUUCCAGUUAAGAUUUUCAUCUAAAUCGAGACCAAGACAUGUGAAAGAGUGAAAUCUGGGGAUGCGUUGGUUAUUUAACAUCACUGGAUGAUCAAAAGUUGUGGAAUUAAUAUGAUGUUUAGAGCCAAUGAACAUUAUUUUGGUCUUAGUUGGGUGGUGUUGUAAUUUAUUUCUAGAAAGCCAAUCACCGAUUCUACUCAGAUCGUGAUUAAGGUUUUCGGUUAAUUCAAUCAAACUGUUAGAGCUGCAGCAAAUUUGGGUAUCGUCAGCAUAUAAAUAAGGAGUAGUUUUUUGAAGGCAUUCGGGGAGGUCAUUGAUAUAGAGUAAAAAUAACAGUGGACCUAAAAUAGAUCCCUGCGGAACCCCAGAAACAAUCCGUUUUGACGAUGACAUUGAAUUAUUAACAAUACAGACUUGCUCCCUAUUAUUUAAGUAAGACUCAAACCAUCUUAACUCAAUAUCCGAUAUACCGAAUUGAUCUUUUAAUUUAUGAAGCAGAAUAUUAUGAUCAAUUGAGUCGAAGGCUUUACGAAUGUCAAGAAAAACAAUGCCGCUCAAUUGACCAUUAUCCAUAUUUUCAUAAAGAGUAUCGCACAUCUGAGUUAGAGCGGUGAGAGUUGAAUGUUUAGGCCGAAAACCAUGUUGAUGUUUUGAAAGAAGUGAAUUGUCAUUAAGAAAUUUAUAAAUUUGAUUAAAAACGCAUCUCUCAAGUAUUUUACUAACAAUGGGUAGUAUCGAGAUAGGGCGAUAAUUCUCGCAUUUCAACCUGUCAUCAGAUUUAUAAAUGGGUGUAACCCAGGCUUUUUUCCAUUCAUCCACAUAUUCUCCUUUUUUGAUCGAAAGGUUAAAUAUCCAAGUUAAUGGCGGACCAACAAUGUCCGCGGAUAUUUUAAGAGCUUUAGCAGGGAUGUUAUCUAAUCCUGUGGAUUUUGAAAUUUUGAGACCACGCAAUUGAUAUAUUACUUCGUCCUCGUUAAUUUCAGAAAAUUUGAAAAAAAGAUUGGAGUCGGUAGUAGGCCUAGAAUCUCCGCGAGCAAAAGAAUUUGUGUUGAGGGAAUUAUCUUCAAUUUCAGCUGCAAGUUUUGCCCCGAUAUUGACAAAGAAAUCAUUAAAAGCCUCACAUUUCAAUUUAUCGUCUGAAAUGACAGAAUUAUCCGUUUUAAGUUGGGAUAUCGUGUUUGAUUUCACAUUUUUACCCAUGAGGUGGUUAAUUAAAUUCCAACUUUGCUUUAUGUCUUUGGACUGAGCACAAUCUUCUAUUUUAUUGCAGAAAUAGUUUCUUUUAGCUUUAAUUAGUUCAGCAUUAACUUUGUUUCGUAAUUCCUUAUAUUUUGUCCAAUGACUUUGAGAAUUAUAUCUAACCGCUUUUAUUUUGUGGAAGUCUCUUGAUCUCAUUAUACCCUUGAUGUCUGAAGAAAUCCAAGGGAGAGAAUUUCCACGAGUUCUCAUACGUCUAAGGGGAGCGUGUCGAUCAAGGACCUGGAGGUAUAGUGAUUUCCAUACCUGCCAGCAUGCAUUAGAAUUGUCAUGUUGGGCAAUGUUCUCCCACGGCAUCUGUGAAAGAUCCGUAAGAAAAUCAUUGGCAUUGAAAUUUUUAAAGUUACGAAUAUGUUUAACCUUUUCCCGUGAUUUGGGAAUACAAUGUUUUCUAAUAGCGAAAAUCAUACUGUGAUCAGAAAGUCCAAGGUGUAUGACACCAGACUUUGAAAUAUUUUCCUCUUUAUUUGUCAGAAUUAGAUCAAUUAGAGUUGCUGAUGUUCCAGUAAUCCUUGUGGGUUCAUCAAUAAGCUGAUCGAACUGAUAAAGUGAUGAAAGGAACUGUAGCUUGCGAGUAUGAGACUCACAAGGAGAUUUCAAGAUAUCACAGUUCAAAUCACCCAUAAUUAUUACCUCUCUAUUUUCUAUAUCGCUAUUUCUUAAAAAAGCCUCAUAUUCAUCAAAAAGAGCAGAUUGCGAGUUAGGAGCUCUAUACCAAGUGCUUACUAAAAAUGACUUAUUGUGAGGUUUACUAAUUUCAAUGUAUAUAUAUAACUAUAUCAAUCGUCAAAAUGGUUGCUUCGUCCUAUUUUAUGCGAUGGUCGUAAGUCCAAAUGUGUUUAGCCAUUUAGCAUUUUAAUAUUUGUAAAAUUCCUGACUAUAUUGCGAAUCACGUACAGUACGACGUCUUUAUCCGAUUAGUUCCAGAUGGUUUCAGUUGAGAGACCAAAGAUAAAUGAAUAAUUCGCUUCGCGCGAAAAAAUUCGUAAAUGGAAAACCGGCAUAAUAUGUAUACACACUUUGUGAUUUAUAGUUUUGUGAAAAGUGAUCAAUGCUUAUUGUCUGUUAUUGUCACAAUCAACCAAUAACAAAACCCAUUUGUAUGGAUCGUCAGUAAGUACUAUUUAGUAAAACACGAGUACGAGUGCUUUAUCAGAUAAUAGAACAGGAGCGCGCACCUCGAGUAUUUUCAAUCUGCAUGAUAAAGCGCGGACUGCGAGUGUUUUAAAUGGCUUAAAAACGACCCACUAGCUGAUGAGCACAUUGGCGAUGUAAUUUUAAAAAUUAGCGUUGUCUAAGUCGAGAAAGCUAGUAAAGUUCAAGUAAGUGAACAUGAUUGUUUAUUACAUAGAAAACCACCGACACUUUGUGUUUUCCGCAAGAUUUAUGAUUUUUAAUUAUAUUUUAUAACGGUGUUUGAAGAUUGUAUUUAAAAUAUUACGUAGCACUGAGAGCGUUUUCUCAUAAUAAACUAUGAAAAUGUAUUACUGUUAAACGUGUUCGCGCGUAUGAUCAUGGCGAAACGUUUGGUUGCAAAAUACAGAAACUGUUAAAGGCGAGCGGCAAGGAUCCACGAAGUCUAACUACGAUACCAGUGCAAGUAUACUCUUAGAUACUUUGCGGUGGGAUUGUCUUUUUUUAGCUAGGAUAUGUAUAUUGCCUUCAACUUCCCUUCCCUUGUACUGACUCCGGCAAAAGAACAUUUCUUUAUAGUGUUUCCAUUAUUUUUAAUGCCUUAGACAGUGAUUGUAAACAACUUGCCAUUUCACCUUCAUGCUCUUCGGAUGCUCUCAUCUCAAAAAUAACUAAUGCCAAAUAGAAACUUCGUAAAAUUAUUUCUUAAUAAGCUUAACCUUACUAACCAUCUCGAAGACCUGUUUUGUAAAAAAUAUAAAUAUUUACUAAUAUUGUAAAUGUAUUCAUUAUCGAAUUACUUUUGUUCUCAUCUUGAAAUAGUAGUAACCAUACCUGCAUGUUAUUGUUUCUAAAUAUUGUAACAUUAUGAAGGCCGUAUGUUAGAUAAUUAUUAUGGUUAAUACCAGCCUAGUCCCAGGCUCUCUCUCUAUUCGCUGCUUUGGUAUAUUUAAAUAAGUCUUAAAAGUUUUAUGCCUGGGCGUCCAUGAGGAACGCUUCAGCGACUGACGCACCUUUAGCGGUGACGUCACACCUAGGUCCCAGUCUCGUACUACGUCCACGUUUUUUUCUCGCGCUCGCUUCAGAACGACUGGGACUAGCCUGGGUUAAUGCGUUUCCUUCGUGAAAUAAAGUUUUUUACUUUAUUAAACUGUACUUUAUUACUAUACUGAAGAUUUUGGCGUGUUAAAUUAAAUAUAUUUUUAUUCUAUUGUAUUAUGAUACAUUAUUGAUGUUAUCCAAAACAAUUCAACUACAUUAUAUACUUAACAACCUUGUACCCUUGACAUUUAUCUUUUAGCAUGUGGUGAUACCAACCCAGCGUUUUGCCUGAUUUACUCCAAAUAUUGCUCCUUGUGGAAGGUAGCUCACAACAUGUGCAGGCGCACCUGCAACACCUGUCAACUUUAAGGUAAGUGAAGUUGAAAUAGAUUAUGUUUGUGUCACAGAGAAUAUGAGGGAAUAGAGAGGGCAUUGCUCGAUAAAUUAAGGGGAAAAUGAAGCUUGCUAAUUUUUAUCUCGGAUGUAAACUCCCACACCAAUUGUCUGCCUUAACCAUGGUUCUCGCUAAGAGGGAUCAAAUAUAUUCAUUCCUAUGUACUGUCCUCACUAUACGACAGAACAGAAGCAUAAGCAUUGAAUACCAAAACGUUGUGUUCUAUUCAAUAUGCUUACGUUGUUGCUUAUGUUUGUGAUUAAUCUUGCGUUGUAUCGAGGACAGAAGAACAACACAAGCAUAAGAACAUCAAAGCUUUCCGAUUGUUUAUCAUUGCGUUGUCGUGCGUAAGUUGUGAGCUUGAUUGACACAGUACAACCCGAGUUGUGUGCUUGAUUGACACAGUACAACUCGAGUUGUGAGCUUGAUUGACACAGUACAACUCGAGUUGUGAGCAGGUUGCAUGUGACAGUUUUAGGCAAAAGUUGCGUGUUGUAAAUCGCUUUUAAAACUUUUAACUACAUUCUAGUGCAAAGGUCUUGUGGCGUGUUCUAAUCGCCAUGUUUUUCAUUCUUUCAGGUAUUCCACAGGCAGAAACACUUCAGAAUCCGCCAAAGCUGCAGGUUCAAAAUGAAAAUAAAAUGUAACUGAUAUUUAAGUUUGGUUCUUUAACAUUUUUGUGUGCAUUUUGAACGUUUUUGUUAUUCAUUCUCUUUUGAGUUAUUGAGUAUAGUUUAAGAAAUUCACGUGAAAUUAAAAUAAUAUUGCAUUAUAGGAUUCACAUAAUUGAGAAACUGUAGCGUACGUAGUGUUGCGUAAGUAAGAGACUAGUAAAAUACACUUUAAUGCUCCUCGAGCGUGCUUACUUUUCUCUUAAAUUGUAGAAAUUUUGUAAUCAUAUUUGAUAAAAUUAAAACUGUUACGUGGAGCUCG